AAUGAGCCGAGCUGUGAUUAUUCUACUGUCACUGGCGGCUGUCGCCAUGGCCCAGGAGGCCUUCCUCGAGAAGUAUAGCUUCACAAAGACCAUGUCGACUUGUUUCGGCGAGGGUGUGUACUAUGACUACUUGGCCAAGGUUGGGGUCGCCCAGAAGGAAUGCCUCCAACUCCCAGUUUCCAAUCUCCACAGACUGGACUUUUCAAUCUACUCGCACCUGGGAUACCCCUUACACUUUGGUGGGGACUCCCAGUACGUGCCAUUCCCCUCGUACCACACAGCACACCCAGUCCACCAUCAGGGAGUACCCCAUGGGUAUCAGCAAUUCCAGUACAGAAAGAAACGCCAGGCCGAAGCAGCAGAAGAAGCAGCAACAGACAUCCCCGAACAACCGCCAGCUCCUUUCUUCGAUAAGUACUACCUCUUGGACUCCGUCAACAAGAUCAUGGCUUCCCUCAGCAACUACACUUGCACGCUCCAUAAACUCAACAUUAUUGACGAAUACCUGAACAUCAACAUCAACCACCUGAGUGCCCAAUACACCGGGCUGCCAAUCAGUGACGGUUUUAAGCAGGAUCUCAUUGACGGCCUUUACUACUGCAGGGAUCUGACAUACUGCCUCCCUCUGCACAACCUCCGCUCCCCUCUCCCCCUCAACCUCCAACGUCUCCUGAUGGCGAUGGAGUGCGAGAAGGAGACGAGAACCAACGCCUGCUUCAAGGAGGACCUCAGGAAGAACGUCGGCGAAUUCGACCUCUCGCUGUUCCCAGAGGAGGACGACCAGGAGAGUGUGCUGAACAAACUUUCGGCCAUUGUCACCGGAGUCGAUUCGCUUAACGAACUGGAAAUUCUCUAAUGAUCAAGAGAGAAUCCUCGCUUUCAUUUAGUAGUAUCUGACCCCCGACGAACCAAACAGCAGCUGUGCUGUUCGCAAAGGAAUAAGUCCCCGGAACUAUGGAUUAAUUUCAGAACAAAGUCUGUUCUCUACUGAAGCUUCAGUACACUACAUACUCAUUUGUAAAAAGAUU